CACUUGGCACGUUGAUUGGAUGACUGCCUACAACUUGCCGGCCCAAUCAGCACUGGCAACACUUUGCCUGACAAACCAAACAACUUGACUCUACAGCAGCGUUUCUUUCCUCUUCUGUUCUACAUAUUUCUUGUAGAAGCAAAAAAUGAUAUUACCGUCAUCUACUUCUACAGCAUCUCCACCUCCCUCUACUACCCAGGCUCUACCCCAACCUUCAAGUCGUUUACCGAUAUACGCAGCUCCCUUUAUGCUUCGGUCUAAUUCUGACUAUAGCAUGAGUAGUCUACUUGCACCUUCGGUUUUUCCUACCGCCAACUAUGCCAAUCUACCCCCUGGAUUAACAUCACUACCAAUUCCAGCAAGAACCUCCGCCGACCUCCUGUCCGCCCAACAUUCUUUCCAUCUUGCUCGUUCUUUAAAUCCUCCUCCGCCACCCCCACCUUCUCACUUACAAGCUCCUCGAGGUGUUGUAGAACCAGAACAGGAAGUACAUGAUGAUCCAAAAGUUGACCUGGAUUCUAAAGAAUUAUGGGAGCAGUUUCAUCAGUUCGGCACAGAAAUGGUUAUAACAAAGUCCGGCAGGAGAAUGUUUCCGCCGUUUAAAGUCAAAGUAUCUGGUUUGGAUAAACGAGCAAAGUACAUACUCCUAAUGGAUAUUGUGGCAGUGGAUGAUUGCAGAUAUAAAUUUCACAAUUCGAAAUGGAUGGUAGCUGGAAAAGCAGAUCCUGAAAUGCCAAAAAGAAUGUAUAUUCAUCCAGAUUCACCAGCAACAGGAGAACAAUGGAUGCAAAAACUUGUAUCUUUUCACAAACUUAAACUAACGAAUAACAUAUCGGACAAACAUGGAUUUAUAAGUGUCAUUUUGAAUUCGAUGCACAAAUAUCAACCCAGAUUCCACCUGGCAAGGGCAAACGACAUCCUCAAAUUACCCUACUUACCAUAUUCGGAAUUUCGUUCGUUCGUUUUUAAGGAAACUGAAUUUAUUGCUGUUACUGCAUAUCAAAAUGAAAAAAUUACUCAACUAAAAAUAGAUCACAAUCCUUUCGCGAAAGGUUUUAGAGACACUGGUAGUGGUAGGCGUGAGAAAAAGCGAUUAAUGAUGCAACAAACGUCAACAUCAACCAAUAGUGCAACAACUCCAGUAACGUCAAGUACCGUUGUACCAACAACUGAGGCAAGCGACGAAGAUGAAGAGGAUCAAGAAUGUUCAGAAAUUUCAGUUGUUGACGAGAAGCCACAAGAGAGCUGCUCUUCAACGGUUAAAGAUGAAGACAGGAACAAUAACAACAAUCAGGGCGACUCUUCUGAUGAGUCAUGUGAGAAUGGAGUGGACGAUAGCGGAGUGGUGAAAUCAUCCCCCCAAUCAACAACUCCUCCCUCUCAUCAACAAAACCCGUCUAACAAUCUACAUCAACAUACUCAACAACAACCUACGAGUAUGUUACCGUAUUUGUAUGGACCAGCCGCAGCAGCAGCUUUGGGAUUAUACUCUUCAACAAGCGCUCUAAGUCAUCUAUCUAAUAUCAUGUUCAAUGCCCAUCAUGCACACUUGAUGGCGGCAGACAUGCCUCAUCUCUUUAAUUCCUCCCUCAUCCCCCCUCAUCCACUUUGGGCGCAGUGUAACACAGUCGACGUAAAUUCUAUUCUCGGAGCAUCUUCAACUACCUCAACUUCUUCCUCUCCUUUUCAUCGGUCCACAAGAUUUUCGCCUUAUCCUCUCUUAAAUUUAAGAAAUUCAACAGUAAACCGAUCAAUGUCUCCUGAACGCGCUCCCUCCAACGGCUCUAUAGAAUCGGUUGCAAACGAACCAAUUUCGUUAACAUCCAAAAAUCCAACAAGCGAGUUGAAGAGUAUUGAGAAAAUGGUUAACGGUUUACAUGAUCAGUCAAAAGCGUCAAAUCGUGACAGUUCCGUAUAAUAGUCCUUACUUUAUACUACUAAGAUAAAAUUUAAAUUAGGUGCUGGCACGUUCAUGCAGUUGAGAUGUAUAUGAUAUGUAUAUUUACAAUAUGCUUUAUAAUUGUAUAUAUAAAAUAUACAUGUACAGUAUAUAUCACAGAUAUAAGACAAAUUACGGAGUCAGAACAAUUUGUGCCAAGAUUACAUAUUAAUAUAAAUGUAUCAUAAAGAAGGAAUAGUCAAUUUUUCAGCUUUAUUACGGUAUGCGAAUGAAAUCAGUUAUAUUCACACAGUAUACAGAAAAACGGUAUUUAUGAUGUGAGCUAUGUAAGAUAAGUAAAGUGGAACUAUUUGGGUCUAUCACUCUAUUUAGUCUUUUUUUAUGUUAAAGCGUGUUUCUCUUAAAAUGUACACAUUGUAUGAUAUUUAUAAUGACAACAUGUUUUGCUUCUAGUGACGAUCUUAUUUAUAUUGUACCAGAGCCAUAAUCUUACACCGUUUAGCAAGUAUACCUAUCACAUGUGUACACAAAUUGUUAGUCACGAGAAUGCUAUAUGUGCUGUAUUUUUGUUUCCGUUCAAAUGGAACUUGCUUAUAAUUUUUUUGACAAUCUAUUCGUGCUUAUGAUAAAUAAAAUAUAAAUAAAAAAUUCAUAAAAUAUGAAUAAACAUGUUUAAGUACUUUCAAUAUUUUUCCGCAUUUUAUGCAUUACGAUGUUUCUAAAGUCUGUAAAAGAUGAGUAACAUUUUUUUCUAGCAACCGACGCUGAAUUAGGUAAUGCUGCAAAGUGGUCGUAAAGGCGCCAUUACAUUGAACAAGGUGUUUUUAUUGUAUUAACAAGAGACGAAUGUCUGAAGAAAAGUGGUGUUUUGAGGUUUGCGCACAGGAUCGAUAUCGUAUUGAGGUAUGUGUAUUGAGAGUUAGAAGUCAAUUCGUUUUGAGUAUGUACAUUCUGAAGGUGUGCUCUCAGGCAGCUAGGCGCCAGUCGGGUACUUCAUUUGACGUGCUGUUUAUACAGGCUAUAUAGGGGCGACUCUUUUUUUCAUUUGUAUAUAUAUAGAUGAGAAGAUUAUGCAACUUCCCACUCAUUGAGAAAAGCGACGUUUAUCAGUCAGGGAGAUCAGAGACGUCUACUUUACGUAUUAUCAGCAUCGUAGAGUUUCCUUCUAUCAAGUUGCUUCAAGUUUCUUCUUGUCUCGCGUGAGGAGGAAAUCCGAGUGACGUGGUGUGUGGCGCUUGGUGCCCUGCUGCUAAAAUGCCGGUAUCGCACGGGUGGUGAAAGUGGCCUCCCGCUGGGUCCUAGCGAGCUCCCGAUGAACAAUCACCCGUUUCUUUCAAUUUUUACAGUGUAACUGCGCGUGCGCUGGUACCUUCUUAUCUAAUUCUUUGUUGCUCUUUCUUUCUAAGCAUUUGUCGACCUUUUAUCUUUGAAUUUUUCAUUUUAUUUUAAACCAAUUAGUAAAACGUCUCGAAAUUCCGUUGUCGGUACAUAUUAUUUCUGAUUCAACGAGCACUUGACAGUGUUAUGCCAACACGUUUUCGCGCCAGCUGCGCAAAUUCUAUAUCGAAUAACGGUUGCUUGAAGUUAUACUGUUAUAUACGUAAGAAGUGUUAGCGUUCGAUAAAAGAGCGUUGAUUUGCUGACAAAUGUCAUCAAAAGCCGUUGUGGUAGCAGCAUGCUAAUGGUGCUCAGCAGCGCGCUCAGUUAGCAAAAUGUCAAGUAGUUUUUAAUGCAUUUUACAUACACAAAUACACAUAAAGAUCUUUUAAGAGUAAGAUUUCCAUACUAUACAUUUUUAAUAUAGAGAUACUUAUGGUACACAGUAAAGGGAAAAUAUUCUUAUUUAACUUGAAGCAUUUACGUAUGUCGUACAUGCAAAUAACCUAUUUUACUAUCUCACUUUUCAUUUAU